UCAGCAGGAUCACUUCCAUUAACGAAUAUGUUAUAGGUCAUGUUGUUCAUGAGGUAGCGGAAACCAUAUGGUUCAUAAUCAGGCUUGAAGAAUUGGGGAAUAGCAUUGGCAAGGUAAAUAAUACCACCGGGGUUGCUACGGAUAUCCAACACGACGGCUUUGGUGUCCUUGAGCACAGUAGUGAGAAGGUCACGAAUAUUGCGAACAGCCUGGGGAACAGCAUCCUGACCGGUUUUGGGGUCUUUGGGUUCAAAAUCGUCCAACCGAAUUAUACCGAGAUUCUUGGUUUUUGGUUUCCAAAUGGCGUAUGAGACGGUAGUAACAUUCGCGGGGUGGAAAGCAAGGGCAGCAUCAGCUUUCUGAGGGAAAAUGGAAUUACGCGCCUCGGUAAAUUCCUCGUGGUUGAUCUGUUUGCCUUUGGGAAACUUUUUCUCACGGAUAGCAUCUAUUUGGAGCUGACGCUCAUAGUCGUGGUGAGUGGGCAUCAUAUGCGAAGGCAGAAUUGGAGUACCAGGAAGAGUAAUGUUGGUGAGCCCCUUGUACAUGUUACUGGAGAGUGUCCAGCAAGCAUUAUUAUGGCCCGACACAUAUGGAACUUUGACAGUAUAAAUACGGUUAUACUUUGCGCGCGCCUUGAACUGCAGAGUAAUGUGAUCAUUGGUGGGCAAACGGUUGAUUGAACCGUAAAUAGUUCCAAGGAAAUCAAGGGUAGUGCGUUGACCACCAAAAUCAUUGGCACCAUCGCCAGCCUUGAACUGAUUUUCGGUAAACCAUUCAACAAAAGAUUUUCCAUCAAUAGUGUGAAGUUCAUCACCAAGCUUGAUUUUGGCGUAGUCCUUGCCCAUCAAUUUAAGGAUGUCGGGAAUAGUGGUGAUGUCAGAAACAACCACUUUUGGUUUAUGGCGAAUAUCAGGAUCACCUUCAACAAGCUGAUAGCUAAGACCAGUGGUUGCAAAGAAACAGCGGUAGGGAGCGGGCUUGAAAAAACGAGUGUGCUGAUCACGAAUCAUGAUAAAGGCAUCGUUAAGCGAUUGCUGGAGCUCUUCGUCUGUGAUGCUGGCGAUUCUUUUACGCAGAUCUUUCAUGAUGGGAGUAGGGUCAGCGGCUUUGCCAUAAUUUUUGAUUUUGGAGUCACGACUUACCCAAACAUUCAAGAUGCUUUCAGCAUUGGACAAGACGACCUCACGCUGAGCCGGUGUAUUGGGCAUAAAUACAAACCUUCCAGCAUCUCGAUCAUCCUUGAUCAAGUUGAAUGUAGGAUAAACAGUGGCAGCACUCGAUACAGACGACGCAGCGGCAAGUAGAGCAACGAUUGCGGUGCAAAGCAUCAUAUAUAUGAAAAAUGUAGUUUAAAGUGUAGAGUUCUAUAAUUCACGGUCUUGUAAGUACUCUAAGU